GUCACUCCCAUCGUGUCCGGGGAGUACAGUCACCACCGGGACAGAGCGGCCAUGGCAUCCCGGGUCUCCUUCACCCAGAUCCGGCUGGAAGCGGACCUGGAGCGCUGCCGGGCCGAGUGUCAGUGGGACAAGAUGCCGGCGAUCAUCGAGCAGAUGACGGCUGCGCGCUUCCACGAGGACGAUGAUUACGGGACACUGUUGAUGGCCGAGGCGCUGCUGGAGGAGUGCCUGCAGGAAAACAUGGAUCUAUUAAGGAGCUCUGUGCCUUUGAUGGACAAGACCCAGCCCAAACUGAGCAGGGCAAAAGGCCUCCUUAACACCAUCCUGAGCCGAGGCCGUCUCACACCGAGGUACUUGAACGAGGCUCUGCUGCUGAUGGCCAAAGUGCACUAUGUGCAGGGUCGCUACCGGGACGCCCAGGGAAUGUGUGCCAGAGUGGGACUGGAGGAGCUGACGCAGGACGACCAGCCCAUCUACCACUUCCGCUUGCUGGCUGAGGCAUUUGUGAUUAAAGGUCUGUCUCUGGACCACCAGACAGUUUCUGCAGUUUCUCGCAUUCGUCUUUCAGAGCGAGAGGAGGAGAGUCUGUCCUGUUACCUCAGGGCCUGUGAUGCAGCUCUGUCCUACCUGCAGGAACUUGAUAGGAUUGUGGCAACAACACCCCACACCAAGACAGCCAAAGCUAGUCUACUUCCUUCGCCCGUUGAUAUCGAUCUGGGCUACUUCCUGCAGGCUGCAUUGCAGAGUGCUUACCUUUGUCUGCUGCAAAGAGGUCAUCUUGCACAGGGUGCUCACCAGUUGCGUAGGGUGCUCAGGGUGGUGGAGUCACGGGGGUCUCAGAGCUUCAGGAAGUCUGCAGCCAGAAAACUAGCAAAAGUGUUGCUGAGCUCUGUGAGUGAGGACAGCUACUGGCCCCCGCUGGGCCCCCCGCCCUCAGCCUGGCUCCACAGAGAGGGAGCUGCCGCCUCCAAAGAUGCCAUCUACCCCACUGUCAAACCACCACAACGUUAUAGCAGUGAUUGUUGCUUCUGUCCUCAGGACGUGGUGGAGGAGGCUGUGUUGCUGCUGCUCAUCACAGAGUCCAUGGCCAGUGGUGAAGCAGUGAUCAGUCGUUUGCCUGACCAGGCCGAGGCUCGCCAGGCCAGCCUGCAGGAUGCCACCUCUGUCUAUGACCUGCUUACCAUCGGCAUGGCCAGGAGGGGGCAGUACGCCAUGCUGUCUGAGUGUCUGGAGCGGGCUAUGAAGUUUUCAUUCAACGAGUUCCACCUCUGGCACCAGCUGGGCCUGUCACUCAUGGCGGCUGGGAAAGGAGUUGGUGCUGUGUCCGUGUUUAAAGAGUGUGCCAGGAUGAGACCAGAGGAUCCUUCAUUGCCCCUUUUGGCAGUUAAAGUCUGCAUUGGUCAGCUGCACUGGUAUAAGGAGGCAGAGGCUCUGGCCCAAAGUGUGGUGUCUAUGGGGGAGGAAGCACGAGAGUUUCUGCCCAGGGCCUACCUGGCUCUGGGUCUCUGCUGCAGUCUACAGGCCUCUGAUGCUACUCUGAAAGCAGAUCGGAAUGAAUUCAACAGAAAAGCACUGCAAGCUUUGAACAAAGCUCAUUCAUUAGACCCUCAGGAUGCUCAGAUUGCCAUGUACCUGGCUCUGCAGCUGGCCCUUGUUCGCCAGGUAUCAGCAGCCAUGGAGCCCCUGCAGGCAGCUUUAUCUCUCCGUGGGGAUGACUUACACUCCCUCCACCUGCUGAUCCUGCUGCUGAGUGCCCAGAAACACCAUCGUCAUGCGCUGGACACCCUGAGCCUGGCCCUCAGCCAGCACCCCGACAACUUCAAUUUGCUGUUCACAAAGGUGAAGCUUGAAGAGGCUCUGUUUGGUCCCGCUGCAGCCCUGCAGACCUGUGAAGAGAUGUUGCAAUGCUGGCAAACCCGCUAUGAUGUCAGCCGCUCCAGUGAGACAGAUGACAGCAGCAGUAUCCCGAUGGCUGAGAGGGCAGAAGUCAGCCCUGGACACAGGAAACCCUCCAUCCAUCUCACCCUGCCUGAUUUCCAGGACACCUCUACUGGUUCUUUGAGCCCUACAUCGGUUGCAGUAUCUCGUCUGGAAGCAGCGCUGUCUGAGGUGUCAGACAUGAGCUCCAUUCGUCGCCAAGGUCCCACCUACAUCUGGGCCACCCUGGAACGCAUUUGGCUGCAGGCUGGGGAGCUGUUCAUGGCGGACAAUCGGCUAAAGGAGGCCCAGUUCUGCAUAGCUGAGGCCAGCUCACUCUUUCCCAACUCUCACUCUGUGCUGCUGCAGAGGGGUCGCCUGGCCGAGCUCCGGAGCCAACUGGAUGAAGCCAAAGGCCUGUAUGAUGAGGCCCUGGCCCUGCAUCCCACAGGAGAGCACAUACUGGUGCAUAUGGGUCGUCUGCUGGUGAAAAGCGGGCGUGUCCACCUGGGUGAGAAGGUCCUGCGUGAUGCAGUUCAGGUCCACAGCACAUCCCAUGAGGCGUGGAGCGGCCUGGGCGAGGCCCUGCAGUCUCGGGACUCCAGCCAGGCUCCCGACUGCUUCUUGACAGCCCUGGAGCUGGAAGCCUCCUGCCCCAUCCGGCCCUUCACCAUCAUCCCUAGGGAGAUCUGAAAGGCUCGGGCUGGGGUGGGAUGGAGGUUAGCGUUAGAGUUGAGGAAUUGGCCUUUUGCGAGAAGAAAUGCUAAUGAAAAUGAAAAGCAAUGGAAAAAUGCAUUUUAAAUAGUCUGUUUUAAGGAAAAAGGUGUGCUUUCUUGCAGAAAAGCAAAUGAAGAGAUUAAUACUGCUUUCAUAUCAAUCCUUUAAACACGAAGCUUGAAGCCUGCAUGUGGUUAGCUUAGCAUAUUACCCCUCAAAAAGCCACAACAUUCUGUUUUUACACCUACGCUUUCUUAUGGAUUAUCUAGUCAGAAGAAUUAAAUUAAUUGAUUAUAUUUAGAGGUGCUGAUGACAGAUGUUACCUUUGGACAGAAACAGACUAGCUGUUUUCCCUGUUACCAGUCUUGGUGUUAAGCCAUGCAAAGCUAAACUUAGAUAAGCUAAGCUAACAGUCACCUGGAUGUACCAUAGAGCCCAAAAUUAUUCAUACCUAUGCCAGAUCUUCUUCUGGCAAGAAAUGACAUAAAAACUUUACAAAGAAUGGCAUGGCAUUCAGUGUAGAGAUGUUGAUGGUGUGUUUUACCUAUUUUUAAGCUUUUUGCUAAAAAUGCCAUGUCCAGAAUAGUCAUACCCCUUGAAAUUGCUUCAACAAACAUCUAUAUCAUUCCUUAUAGUUGUGGAAAUUUAUAUUAUGUUUUACAGCAUUCUAAUACACAACAAGCUGAGAACAGCUGAUGCAGAAGUUUUUAGCUACAAAUCAGCUGCAGUUAUUGGUUAAAACCAAGGAGCAGAGUGAGCCGCAGCUCAGGUACAUCAUUAAGUGAGAACUGCACAUUGUGGCCUCUCACAAGAGGGGAAAAGGCUCUAAAGUCCAGGUGUUUUCAAGUGCCAGCGGCCACAGUGCAAGCAUCAUCAAAAAGUACAAGGAAUUCCACACUGAAAAUCUCAAAGGGCAUGUGGGGAAGCCAAAGUGACCCCUGGAAGAAUUGAUCAAUGCAGUAGCAAAUAAUGAAUUUGCCAUUUAUUACUUUUUUGGUAAGAAUAGAUCAAAUGUAUCAUUAGCAUACAAUCUCUUGCUGUUUUUUCACUUCUUAAUUGCAUUUCCAGCUCAAAGAAACAUUUUGGUAAAAAAUAAUUAAAUAAAAAAGCUCACUAUAAUUCAAAUUUCUGCAGGGCUAUGAGUAAUUUGGGCUUAACUAUAAGCUUCAUUCUUAUUGUGCGAGUGCAGUCAAUCUUCUCAUCUACCUUUGGGCAAGAAAACAUGCCAGUGUGCUUUCCAAAAUUUUUUCAAUGAUUAUAUUUUCAAUAAGAAGGUAUGUAACAAAUGACUUUCACUUUCAUUGGCAAUGCUUCUAGAUUCAGUGACAUUUACUGUCACCCUCUCAAUAUUGUUCCUCAAAUACUUUGAACAUUCGUAACAUCAAUAUUUAAUAAUGACAAAGUACUUUUUUCCCCUUGUCAGUGGACAUUUACAUGCAAACAGUAAAAUCAUUACUGGUUGUGUGAAAAAGUAACAGAGGGCUUCAGAUCUUUGCAGAUAAAAGAGGGAUGAAUAGAAAAACAAUGUUCUGAUGUAAGUAUUGUAACACUACGCAUCUCCUAUGGAGUUAUUAGUACAAAAGUAGUAUUUCUUUUGCAGAUAGUGACAAAUGAGUAAUAUCUUUAAUAAUCAGAGUUGCUGGGUAUCAGUGGAUUAAUGGAUUAUAAAUCACAGAGAUGUGCUGGCUGCAUCUUGACAUAGAAUGUAUAUUGUGUUCCAUAUGUGUAUUUACAGAUGGGUGUGUAGGCUGUCGGUUACAGCAGCAGCAGCACUUGAUCGUUAUUUUAGCCUGUGAUGUAUUUUUGAUGAUCAUGUUGAUUGACACAGCUUUUAUGUGCACACACUGAAACACUCCCUCUAUCUCAUCUUCAAAUGAGAGCUCAUAUAUUUUCUCAAAGAGGCAGCCCACAUAUCAGUCCAUACGGCAUCCUUAUGUGCGUGUACGUGCAUGUGUUUUCACACGGUAUACCUUUACAUUAUGAAUCUUCAUGCAUGGGUGUUUGUUUUAAAUGGUCCCUCUGGAGUGUCAUCAGUCCCUGUUCUGUUUGUACGGUACAGUAGUCGAUUCAUCCGAUCAUAUGUGUGUGUUUUUUGGACUCAUCUGUUCAUAAUGCUCUCCAUUAUAAAUAACAAUGGCUUUUAAAAAUCA